AUGGACAGACUAGAAGCUGUGCCUCUGGGCCCGCGGACUAUGGUCCCUGCUGCACUCGGGCUCCUCUUCACCUACCUUGCUGUAUCAACCUUUCUUACAUGGUACCGCCUACGGAAGUUCAAAGGCCCGCUGUCCGCUGCCCUUUCUUACUUCUGGCUUGCCAAUGCAAACUAUUCAGGCAGGGCCCUAGACUAUUAUAUGGGCGCUCGUGAGAAGUAUGGGAAGACGCCCCUAUUGCGGGUCGGGCCCGACACGCUCAUGACGGACGACCCAGACGUGGUCAGGCAGAUGAACACAGCAAGAAACGGCUACGACCGAUCUCAAUGGUACGAUAGCUUCCGCCUGGACCCCUACGUCCACAACAUGUUCAGCACCCGCGACCUGAGCUACCACGACGACAUCAAGGCCCGUACCUCGGCUGGGUAUUCCGGCAGGGAGGUCCCAAAUCUGGAAGGGGAUGUCAACGAGCAAGUCAACAGAAUCAAGAACCUGAUCCGUGAAAAGCAUCUGUCCUCUCCAGGAGGCACAAAGCCCACCGACUUCACCUUGCUCGCCCAGCUUUUCACCCUCGACUCGUUGUCGACGAUAGCCUACGGUGAACCAUUCGGCUUCAUCGCUGCCAAUGAGGACUUGAAUGGAUUCGUGCGGAAAGCGAGGGCAACCUUCCCCUUCGUCACGUUGUGCAGCAUGGUGCCUCUGAUGAAUAGGUUCUUCUUCUCCACCUUCUGGCUAUCGAUUGCGGGCCCGAGUAAAACGGAUGGGUACGGGUUUGGCAUGCUGAUGGCUACCGCUGCGAAGGUGGUAGCACCACGAUUCACUGACGCGAAAACUCCGAACCCCAAGGAGGACAAGCAGGACAUGCUGGGGGCUUUUGUUCGACACGGCCUGGACAAACGUCAAUGCGAAGCCGAGGCCCUCCUCCAGAUAUUGGCCGGAUCCGAUAGCACGGGCAAUGCAAUCCGCUCUUUGAUGCUCACACUAGUCUCAUCGCCCCAAGUCUACACUCGAUUGCAGAAGGAAAUCGAUGAGGCGAGUGCCAAAGAUGCUAUUUCGUCUCCCAUCACCCUGGCCGAGGCGAGGUCUCUCCCCUAUCUGCAGGCCGUCAUCUACGAGAGCCUCCGGUACCAUCCUCCUCUAAUCGGUGUGAACACGAAGGUUGUCCCAAAAGGUGGUGACACGCUCGCUGGACAAUUUGUUCCGGGCGGGACAAACAUCGCCGUCAAUCCGUGGGCCUUGAUGCGACACGUCCCGACGUUUGGCGAAGACGUGGACGUCUUCCGCCCCGAUCGCUGGCUUGACGCAUCGCCGGACCGGUACUUGAACAUGCAGCGCAAUGCGGAGCUCGUGUUUGGUCAUGGGCGUUUCAUGUGCGCCGGCAAGAACGUGGCCUUCAUGGAGCUGAACAAGAUGGCUGUCGAGCUGUUACGAGACUUUGACUUCCAGUUGAUCAACUUGUUGAAGCCCUGCGAAGAAGUGCUGUAUACGCAUUUCUUGAUGGAGAAUCUCUGGCUACGUGUGACCGCUAGAACUCGAUAA